CUUUUAUUGAAAUUAUUAGGUUACUCCGACCUUGCCUGUCCUCGUUGUUCCUAAAUUAUAUGUGUGUGUAUUUAUGAUGAUUACUUUCCAGGGUUAUUAUACAUGACAUUACCUCGGUUACCAUCAAUACGUGAAUUGAUAAAACUUUAUGGUUUAUCCGCUAAAUCUCAACUAAGUCAAAAUUUUAUUCUUGAUAAGAAUGUAACAGACAAGAUUGUUAGAACUGCUCAUGUGUCUGAACAAACACCUUUAGUCAUGGAAGUAGGGCCUGGACCAGGUCUACUAUCUAGAUCCAUCUUGGAUACUGGUGUAAAAACUAUAAUUGCUAUAGAAAAGGAUGAUCGAUUCAUUCCAACACUUCAGCAACUAUCAGAAGCAUCUGCACAUAGAUUUAAAGUGAUUCAAGGCAAUGUAUUAGAUGUUGAACAUCAAACGAUACUAGACGCAUGUCCUCAAUUCACCUCAGAAGAACCUUUACAUAUCAUGGGCAAUUUACCUUUUAAUAUAGCAACCCCUUUAUUAUUACAAUGGUUACAUUUACAAGCAAGUCAAAAAGGGCUAUUUGGACUAAAAAAUGAUGUAUGGAUGACAUUGAUGUUUCAAAAAGAAGUAGGCGAUCGCAUUAUUGCAGAUGUUUCUACUUCAAAACGUGGCCGUCUCUCUGUUAUGGCACAAAGUUUAUGUAAUGUCAAGGAAGUAUACAAAGUGCCCUCCACUGUUUUUGUUCCAAAACCUAAAGUUGAUGCAAGCGUUAUUCAAUUAAUCACAAAACCAAUCACACAAACCAUGACUGGAGGAACCUAUAUAACACUUGAAAAUAUAUUACGCUAUUAUUUCACGAAAAGAAGGAAAACGAUGGGACAUAUAACGAAAAGACUUGCAAAGGAGCUGCCUCAGGUCAAUCCAUUAAUGGAAGAAAUUGAAAUAAUGGUUGAUUUUAAGGCAAGACCAGAGGAUGUGACAACUGAGCAAUUUUAUAAUUUAGCAAAGUUUUUUCAUAAGCAUAACAUUACAAAGUUUUAAAUGAGUAAAUAAUAGAGUCUUUUUUUAUGUUAAUCUUAUAAGGUAUGUUACUGGAAAUGAAAUGUCUUGAAUUGGGGGGAAAAAAAAAAACUGUAAAAUAUUUGACUUUUAAUAAUAAAAAAUAUAUACUUGAC